AUGCUGUAUCUCGUGGGUCUCGGCUUAGCCGACGAGACUGACAUUACGGUCCGAGGCCUUGAGGUUGUCAAGAAGGCCGAGAGAGUGUACCUGGAAGCAUAUACCAGCAUCCUUCUAGUAGAGAAGGAAAAGCUAGAAGCUUUCUACGGCCGACCUGUUAUUGUAGCAGACAGAGAGUUGGUGGAGAGCGGCAGCGAUGACAUCCUGGCAGGCGCCGACAAGGCAGAUGUCGCUUUUCUCGUUGUUGGUGACCCAUUCGGUGCCACGACACACACAGACCUUGUCUUGCGGGCCCGCGAACUCGGAAUUGAGACCAAAAACAUCCCCAAUGCCUCGAUCAUGUCCGGAAUCGGCUGCACAGGCUUGCAACUUUACAACUUUGGCCAGACAGUGAGCAUGGUGUUCUUCACGGAGACCUGGAAGCCCUCUUCGUUCUACGAUCGCAUCAAGGAAAACGCUCAGAUCGGUCUUCACACCCUCGUCCUGUUAGAUAUCAAGGUUAAGGAGCAAUCGCUGGAGAACAUGGCUCGAGGCCGUAAGAUUUACGAGCCCCCGAGGUACAUGACUGUCGCUCAGUGCGCCAGUCAGAUGCUGGAGAUAGAGGAGGAGCGUCAAGAGGGUGUUUAUACUCCGGACAGCCUCGCUGUGGGCGCCGCCCGAGUGGGCGCACCCGAUCAGAAGCUGGUUGCUGGUACCCUGAAGGAAUUGAGCGAGGUCGAAAUGGGAAAACCUCUCCACAGUUUGGUCUUGUUGGGCAAACGAGUUCAUGACUUGGAAAGAGAUUAUAUCCGGGAAUUCGCUUUGGAUAAGGCGGCCUUUGAUGCCAACUGGGCCAAGUCCUAUGCCUCUUCCUAAAUUAUAAUAAAAUUGAUAGAUCAAAUUUCUGAAAUCAAAAGCAUCCCUCUAAUUUUAAC